GCGCUGGCGACGUCGAGAAACGUCACCAUACCCUUUGUAGGUUAUGUUAAAAUUCAAAAUAAUAUUCCGUAUGGAUAAUAAAUAACAGAAAAACACGGUAAACUAAUAAAAAAUAAAAUGGCCACAACAAAACAGUUUAUGAUAUAUGCGGCAGGCAUAUUUGUGUCGUACUUUUACUUCGGAAUACUGCAGGAAAAAAUAACAAGAGGGAAAUACAGUUACGAAGAAGUUGAUUCAGAGGGAAAAAGCGUCACUAAAGUCGAGAAAUACACGUGCACUUUAACCCUGGUGUUUAUACAAUGCGUUACAAACUACAUACUAGCCAAAAUAGCCCUGGGUACAAAAACAAACCUACCAGAGGACAAAACCCCCAUAAUGUACUACGCCAGUGUGUCUUUGACGUUUCUAUUGGCCAUGGUAUCUUCCAACAUGUCGUUGCAAUGGGUGUCAUACCCAACCCAGGUCGUAGGAAAGUCCGCUAAACCCAUACCUGUUAUGUUGUUGGGAGUUUUAAUUGGGAAUAAGUCUUAUGCUUUGAAGAAAUACGUUUUUGUGUUUCUUAUUGUUAUUGGUAUUGUGCUGUUUAUGUUGAAAGACAAGGCUGCAUCUGCAACACAAGAACCCAUGGGGAUAGGGGAGGUAUUAUUGCUUUUAUCUCUAACUAUGGAUGGGUUAACGGGGGCUGUACAAGAGCGAAUGAGGGCAGAAACGAAACCUACAGGCCUUCAAAUGAUGAAAACAUCAAAUGCUUGGUCAGUAGGCUACCUAGCAGCAGCCAUACUCUUAACGGGGGAAAUAUUUAAAUUUAUUGAGUUUGCUAGCAGAUACCCAUAUAUAAUCUACAAUUUAAUUCUACUAGGAUUUACCUCGGCCAUAGGCAGCAUGUUCAUAUAUUCAAUGGUGUCCGACUUUGGCCCCCUUCCUGUCUCCACAGUGACCACAACGAGAAAAUUCUUUACAGUUUUGGCCUCUGUAAUAAUUUUCGGAAAUAGUUUAACCCCCAUGCAAUGGUCAGGGGCGGCUCUAGUGUUUACAAGUCUAUUUUUGGAUACCUACUAUGGAAAAAAACCGCAAAAAGUUAAAUAAAUUGUAUCACCUCAUCAUAGGAAAAUUAAUUAAAUAAGAUCUAAAAAAAAUGUAUUCAUGAAAUAAUAAUUUUUAAGUUAUGUUUAGGUAACUUAUGUUUGUGCAAAUAUUGCUGUGAUUUUAUUUGUUAUUACAGAUAUUAAGUCCAGAUUUUUUAUGAAAUUUGAUUAUUAUUUAUUUUUGUCCAAUUUAUAUGCUCAAAUGACAAUAUUAAUAAAAAUUUAAGG